AUGUCAGCAAUAGCAGGGGGUCUCUCCCCGUUGCACCGAUGGACACUCUCCGCCUCCGACUCCCAGUUCAAUGCCUUGUCGGGCGCCAUUGGCGGCUUCACGUCCGGCGUCGUGACUUGUCCUCUCGAUGUGAUCAAGACGAAGCUGCAGGCUCAAGGCGGCUUCACCUUGGUGGAUAAGGGCCGGCAUGUCGGCCACCCCAAGCUGUACAAUGGGCUGGUAGGGACAGCCAAGGUCAUCCUGCGUGAGGAGGGCAUUCGGGGGCUGUACCGCGGCUUGGGGCCGAUUGUGCUCGGAUAUCUCCCUACCUGGGCAGUGUGGUUUACCGUCUAUAACAAGAGCAAGAUAUUUCUACAUCAGUAUAAUGAAAACCCUCAUAUCGUAAGCUUUUGGUCCUCCAUAAUUGCCGGCGCCAGCAGCACCAUUGUCACGAACCCUAUCUGGGUCAUCAAGACCCGCCUCAUGUCGCAGAGCAACCCGAACACAGCUAGAGGCCAUCAUCACGCGUUUGCUCGCCCCGGUAAUACCCCGACGGCAAGGCCGAUUCUCCACGAGUGGCACUACAGAUCGACCAUUGAUGCGGCGAGGAAGAUGUACACCUCGGAAGGCCUUUCUUCCUUUUAUUCCGGCCUCACCCCGGCUCUUCUCGGCUUGACACAUGUUGCUGUUCAGUUCCCUACGUACGAAUUCUUGAAGACAACGUUCACCGGGCAAGGCAUGGGCGAAGUACAAGAGGGGGAAAAGGCGCAUUGGGCAGGUAUCCUUUCUGCUUCCAUCCUAUCGAAAAUACUUGCCAGUAGUGCAACGUAUCCGCACGAGGUUAUUCGAACCAGGCUGCAGACCCAGAGACGACCAGUUGCCGGCGAGACAUUCCUGGUUGACAUGGCAGCACCCGGAGCCAAGCCACCCGUAUCCGGACCAAAGUAUAGAGGCGUCGUCAAUACAUUCCGGACCAUCCUCCACGAGGAAGGAUGGAGAGCGUUUUACGCUGGCAUGGGUACAAACAUGAUGCGAGCCGUUCCCGCCGCAACGGUAACCAUGCUUACAUACGAGUACGUUAUGAGGGAGUUGAACAAGAAGAAGAACCAAGCUCUAGAGAUAAAACGGGCACUGCAGGAGCAGCCUUGA